AUGGCUACUCAAUACGAAGUCGAGCACAACGUCAAGUUCGCCGAGCCUCGCCGCUCCGGCCGCCGCGUCGACAUGGCCUCCUUCUUCUCCCUCCUCAACCAGCUCUCUGAGCCCUCGGGCGACCAGACCCCGCACCACAACCCGCACGCGACGCCCACACCCGUUGACACGGCCGCCCUCUUCCGCCUCCUCCAGGAUCAGCUGCAGACCUUGCACGUCACCGCUCCGACCGAGGGCAACCGCGAGUUCCUCGAGUCCCUCAUCAGCUCCCUUGAGGACGACAUCCAUGAUCCCCCCACCCGUCUGCGCGGCGUGUCGCAAGAGUUUGUCGACUCUCUCGAUCGGGUGAACCGCAAGACCCUCGACAAGGACGACGACUGCGCCAUCUGCAAGGUGCCCUAUCUCGAGGACGAGUACUGUCUCGUCGUCGAGCUUCCCUGCAACGGCGCCCACCGCUUCGACCUCGAGUGCGUCGGUCCCUGGCUGCGCAGCAAGGGCACCUGUCCCAUGUGUCGCCAGGACUUGGCCAAGAAGAAGGAGGUUCCGGUCGUCGAAGACAGCGAGGAGGAGGAUGGCGAUAUGAUGUACGCUUGA